AUGUCGGACUCCCCCCAAUCUCCUCCCAAGGAUGUCGACCAAGGUGUACAAUCACCGGAAGAGGAACAAAUGAACGAGGCUCAAGACCCACAGUCCGGUGGACUCACCUAUGAGUUCGAGGUCAAGGAGCAGGACCGCUGGUUGCCCAUAGCCAAUGUCGCCCGCAUCAUGAAGAAUGCGCUCCCUGAAAACGCAAAGAUCGCCAAGGAAGCGAAAGAAUGCAUGCAGGAAUGCGUCAGCGAGUUCAUCUCGUUCAUCACGAGUGAGGCCUCGGAGAAGUGUCAUCAGGAGAAGAGAAAGACGGUUAACGGAGAAGACAUUCUAUUCGCCAUGACUUCUUUGGGGUUCGAGAAUUACGCAGAGGCCCUCAAGAUCUACCUCUCGAAAUACAGAGAACAAUCCCAGUCCAACAGGGGAGAAACCUCCCACCGUCCAGGCAGCAGUGGCUACGGCGCCAACCCGCCAACCGGAGCAGGAAGUUUCCAAGCCGAGCCACAAAACAGCGUCCUCGGAGGCCAGCAAGGAGAUGGCACCGCCGACGCUCAGGGCUACAUGUACGGCGCGCAGACAGGGUACAAUGGUACCGGCGGUGCCGACGGCUACCAGUAA